GACUAUGAAGAAGUGCUGGAGGAGAUACUGGAGCAGGAGGAAUAUGAGGACCCAGGCAUCCCCGUGCAGCAGGUGGAGGAGCCAGAAGCUCUCCCGGAGGAGCCUCUGCCAACAGCCACAGACUACACCCACGUCCCCACAGGCCCGGGCACCCACGAGGUGUACGUGGAGCUUCACGAACUAGUGAUGGAUGAGAAGAACCAGGAGCUACAAUGGAUGGAGGCAGCGCGCUGGAUGCUACUGGAGGAAAACCUGGGGCAGAAUGGGGUCUGGGGCCACCGGCACCUAUCUUACCAUACCUUCUGGAGCCUCCUGGAACUGCAGAAAAUCUUUGCCAAAAGUACUGUCCUCCUGGACCUGAAGGAGACCUCCCUGGCUGGAGUGGCCAACCAGCUGCUGGAUAGCUUUAUCUACGAGGAGCAGAUCCGGCCUGAGGACAGAGAGGAACUGCUCCGGACCCUGCUGCUCAAACACAGCCAUGCCCGAGACCUGGAGGACCUGGGAGGGGUGAAGCCCGCAGUCCUGUUACGCUCUGGGGAGCCUUCUCAGCCUCUGCUGUCCCAACAGCCCUCGCUAGAGACACAGCUCUUCUGUGAGCAGGGAGAGCGGAGCACAGAAGGUUCCUCACCAUCUGGAAUUCUGGAAAAGAUCCCCCCGGGUUCCGAGGCUACCCUGGUGCUAGUGGGCCGCGCCGACUUCCUGAAGCAGCCAGUGCUGGGCUUUGUCCGGCUGCAAGAGGCCGUGGAGCUGGACGCCAUCGACCCCUCUGUGCCUGUGCGCUUCCUCUUUGUGUUGCUGGGCCCCAAGCCCUAUUACACCGACUAUAUUCAGCUUGGCCGGGCUGCUGCCACCCUCAUGUCAGAAAGGGUGUUCCGCACAGAUGCCUACCUCGCCCAGAGCCGGAGGGAGCUGGUGCACUCCCUGGAGGGCUUCCUGGACUGCAGCCUGGUGCUGCCUCCCACGGAUGCUCCCUCUGAGCAGGCCUUGCUCAGCCUGGUGCCUGUGCAGAGGGAGCUGCUUCGGAGACGCUACCUGUCCAGCACUGCCAAGCCAGACCCCAACUUCUACAAGGACCUAGGGGUCCCUGGUGGCCCAGAUGACCCUCUGCAGCGCACAGGUCGGCUCUUUGGGGGCCUGGUGCGGGACAUCCGGCGCCGCUACCCCCUCUACCUGAGUGAUAUCACAGAUGCACUCAGCCCCCAGGUCCUGGCUGCUGUCAUCUUCAUCUACUUUGCUGCCCUGUCACCUGCCAUCACCUUUGGUGGCCUCCUGGGAGAAAAGACCCGGAACCAGAUGGGGGUGUCGGAACUGCUCAUCUCUACUGCGGCUCAGGGCAUUAUCUUUGCCCUCCUGGGGGCUCAGCCGCUGCUGGUGGUUGGCUUCUCAGGACCCCUGCUGGUGUUUGAGGAAGCCUUCUUCUCGUUCUGCGAGAACAAUAACAUGGAGUACAUCGUGGGCCGUGCCUGGAUCGGCUUCUGGCUUAUCCUGAUGGUGGUGCUGGUGGUGGCCUUCGAGGGCAGCUUCCUGGUGCGCUUCAUCACCCGCUAUACUCAGGAGAUCUUCUCCUUCCUCAUCUCUCUCAUCUUCAUCUACGAGACCUUCUCCAAGCUGAUCAAGAUUUUCCAGGACCACCCGCUGAAGGACCAGUAUGGACCGCCUAUAAUAGUAGAGUCCAAACCUCAGGUGGCCCUGCCCAACACAGCCCUCUUCUCCCUUGUGCUCAUGGCUGGCACCUUCUUCCUUGCCAUGACUCUGCGAAAGUUCAAGAACAGCUCCUACUUCCCUGGCAAGCUGCGUCGGAUCAUCGGGGACUUUGGGGUUCCCAUCUCCAUCCUCCUCAUGGUCCUGGUGGAUUACUUCACCGGCAUAACCUACACCCAGAAACUCUCAGUGCCUGAUGGCCUCAAAGUGUCCAACUCCUCAGCCCGAGGCUGGGUCAUCCACCCGUUGGGCUUAUACUCCGAGUUCCCCAUCUGGAUGAUGUUCGCCUCUGCCCUGCCUGCCCUGCUGGUCUUCAUCCUCAUAUUCCUUGAGUCUCAGAUCACCACGUUGAUUGUCAGCAAACCCGAGCGCAAGAUGAUAAAGGGCUCCGGCUUUCACCUGGAUCUGCUGCUAGUUGUGGGCAUGGGUGGAGUGGCCGCCCUUUUUGGGAUGCCCUGGCUCAGUGCCACCACGGUGCGUUCAGUCACCCAUGCCAACGCCCUUACCGUCAUGGGCAAGGCCAGCGCGCCAGGGGCUGCAGCCCAGAUCCAGGAGGUCAAGGAGCAGAGGAUCAGCGGGCUCCUGGUGUCUGUGCUUGUGGGCUUGUCCAUCCUCAUGGAGCCCAUCCUGUCCCGCAUCCCCCUGGCCGUGCUGUUUGGCAUCUUCCUAUACAUGGGGGUCACGUCCCUCAGCGGCAUCCAGCUCUUUGACCGCAUCUUGCUUCUAUGCAAGCCUCCCAAGUACCACCCGGACGUGCCCUUCGUCAAGCGGGUGAGGACCUGGCGUAUGCACAUGUUCACCUGCAUCCAGAUCUUCUGCCUGGCAGGGCUGUGGGCGGUGAAGUCCUCCCCUGCAUCACUGGCCCUGCCCUUCAUCCUCAUCCUCACUGUGCCCCUGCGGCACUUCCUGCUGCCCUGCAUCUUCAGCAAGCUGGAGCUCCAGUGUCUGGAUGCCAAUGACGCCAAGGCGACCUUUGAUGAAGAGGAAGGUCGAGAUGAAUACGAUGAGGUGCCCAUGCCUGUGUGA